UCUGCAACUAUCUUCAUGCAUCCAUUUAGAUGAUAUUAAUGUAAAUAUAAAUAUUAGUUAUUUUUUAAAUAAAUAUAUUGAUAUAACAAAGAUUGCCUUGUAAUUGUUAUUUGUUAUGUUUAAAAAAUUCAUUAGCAAGAAAAUGAUUGAGUGUUCUUCCAAAGAAUUAAAUUUAGGUAUAACUUUGCAAGGUGGUCAAAGUUUCAGAUGGUUUCCCUAUGAAACUGGAUAUCGAGGUGUUUUUAACAGUUCUGUAUGGUCAUUAACUCAGAAUGAUACCUGUAUAAGUUAUACGGUUCAUGGUUCAUUAUCGGAUGAUCAUAAUUAUGAUGAAAUAUUGAGACGGUACUUCAGACUGGAUAUAUCAUUAUUAGAUCAUUGUAAAAAGUGGACUGAAGUAGAUAAACAUUUUCAGAAAUCAUCCGAUAAAGUAGACGGUGUUAGGAUCUUGAAUCAAGAUGUAUUGGAAAACCUUUUUGCUUUCAUUUGCAGUUCUAACAAUAAUAUUCAAAGGAUAUCCGGCAUGGUGGAAAAAUUAUGUAUACUAUUCGGUAAGAAAAUUUGUUCCAUUGAUGGGAAAGAUUAUUUUGAUUUUCCAACAUUGGAAUUAUUACAAGGAGAUAACGUAGAAUCUAUUUUAAGAAAGGAAGGAUUCGGAUAUCGCGCUGCUUACAUAGCAAAUACUGCUAAAAAGUUGCAAGAACUCGGUGGAAAAAAAUGGCUUUUAAGUUUAUGUAAAUGUAACAGUACUUUAUCAUAUUUCGAAGCUAAAGAACAAUUAUUGAUACUUCCUGGAGUUGGCCCUAAAGUUGCAGAUUGUGUUUGUUUAAUGUCUCUGGGAUACUUAGAAGCGAUACCAGUAGAUACACAUAUAUUUCAAGUUGCAAGAGAUAAUUAUUUACCCCAUUUAGGAAAACAAAAAACUGUAACUCCUAAAAUUAAUGAAGAAAUUAAUAAAUAUUUACGCGAAUUGUGGGGUCCAUUGGCUGGUUGGGCGCAAGCUGUAUUAUUUUGUGCAAAAAUUGGCGAUAACACUAAGAAUAUUUUAAAUAAAAAACGAAGUAAAACGGAGUCUGAAGUAAAGACUAAAAAGAAAAUUCGAAAGGUUCUUACCAAUUGACUUAAACAUUGAAAUUCGGGUAAAAAUUCAAAAAGUUCAUCACUACUAGUAUUAUCGUUAUCGUUAUCC